GGAAAAUACAUUCGGAACUCCUUGUGAAAUACAACGCGCCAAAAGAUAAAGACAUGACGAUGUAAACAAUGAUCCAAGAUGUUUCUGAAAGACUUUAAAUCUGGAUUUUAUGACGCCGUCCGACAUCAACGAGUAUUGGUACUGGUUGCAUUUGACGUCGAUGCUCUCUGUGCUUGUAAAAUACUACAGUGUUUAUUUCAGUCCGACCAGAUUUUGUAUACCAUUGUCCCAGUAACAGGAAAGGAAAAUUUACAGCAAGCCUACAUAGAAAACUCUGAAGGGGUCCGUCAUGUGUUGAUGAUUAACUGUGGAGCUUCCAUAGAUGUGGUGGAUGUUCUUCAGCCAGAGGAAUGUGUGCGCUUCUACAUUUGUGACAGUCACAGGCCAGUGGACGUCCACAAUGUGUUCAAUGCAAUCCAGGUCAAACUCCUGAUGAAAGAGGAGGACUUUGAUGAUAAUCCCGUCCCAGAUUAUGACAGCGUCUUCCGAGAGAAUGAGUCUGAUGAUGAUUCGGGUAAUGACAGCGAUGACUCAGAGAGGUCAGGAAAACGACGGAGAUUUGACGAUGCUUCCAUCGAGAAGCGGAGAGAAAGGCGGCUAUGGGAAGAAAACAGAACAAAGAUUUUAUUUGACUACACACAGUUCUCUACCUUUGGCACCUCGGCAGCUUUCAUUAUGUUUGAGUUAGCAUGGAAGAUGUCAAAAGACACAAAUGAUCUCUUAUGGUUGUCUAUACUUGGGGUGACGGACCAGUUCCUUCAUUACAGAACAACAAGAGACAAAUACAUCAAUGAUAUCAUCAAACUACAGGCUCAUGUGUCUAGACACAACCACAGGGGGGAGGAGGAUAAUUACUUGAUAUCGGUGAACUGCCUGAAGAUUUCCUACGAGGACGAGCUACUUCUGAAUCUAUACCGGCACUGGACGAUAUUUGAGAGCAUUUGUCACUCCAUCGGAACAGCAUGCAAGUUCCGAAUCUGGACCCUCAAAGGACAGAAAAGAUUGCACGAGUUCUUGGCAGAGAUGGGAUUACCAUUGACACAGUGCAAACAGAAGUUCUCUUCCAUGGACUCCACAUUAAAGAAAAACAUCAAAGGCAUGAUACAGGAACACAUGGAUAAAUACGGGUUAGAGGCGGACGAUGUAGUGAUCCCAUCAUACAACGCUCAGUAUGGGUUCAAGAACAAACUCUGUGCGGCGGAUGUCACACUGGCCUGUUCUGCCACGCUAGAGUCCAUCGAAAAGGGAAAUAGUCCUACAGACAAUUUUCUCAAAGCUCUUGAUGUUUUAAACAGAUCCAACACAGAUGCGUUGGAGAAGGCCAUAGAUCUGGCUAGGAAGCAGCUGCAGGCUGUCGUCACUCAGGUUCAAACCUUCCUCGACAUCCACCAGGUCCUGUCCGCUGGGCCGUUCCUCUAUACAUUCAUUCAAGAGGGUACCCAAGAUGUGAAGUUUUUUUCCAAGCCCAACUGUUUGGUAAGGCUGGCUCGGUUUACACUGGAGGCUUACUGCUCAGUGACACGAAACAAGAAGGCACGCUCCCUGCCCCUGGUUCUGGGGGCCCCUCUGGAUGCUGACCAAGGGACGACUCUAGUCAUUGGGAUUCCCCCGCUACAACUGGACGAAGACAGGAAAAAUUUUUUUGGCAAAGCCUUUGAACAAGCUGCAGCCAGUACCAACUCUAGGACUCUACACGACCAGUUUGACUCUUUCAUUAUGGAGAUGAAAGUUGAAGACAAGAGCAAGUUCUUUGAUGCUUUGAUCAGCCUGAUGCAGUAAGGAUGGAAUAUGUCAGCCUCCGGGUGGCGGAAUGGCAAGUCUAUUGAAUCAUCAGUCUGGUGGAUCCUGCAGUCCUUCUAUAUUUAUAUCUUGUAUGACUUUGGAAUGUGAAACAUUCCAAAAAAUGUGUUUUCAAAGUGCUGUAUAAUUUUCAAUAGAUUUUUUUAAACAAACAAUCUAGAAUUAUAUGUAUGAUUUUUAAUUAAUUUAUCCGCUCAUUUGUGAUAUCAGAUCAUCUGUAGAAAAUGAAAUAAAAACAAAAUGAAAUGAA